AUGCCUCUCUGGACUUUCGGUCACUCCGCCGGCGCCUUCACUGCUGAAGAGAAGAAGGACUUGGCCGAGGCAAUCACCAAGCUCUACGCUGACAGCGGGCUGCCUGCUUUCUACGUCAACGUGCAGUUUAUCCCCCUCGCGGCUGACGAUCUGUGGUACGGAGGCCACCCUCAUCCCAAGUUUACCAUGAUCUCCAUCUAUCACGUAGCCCAGAACGUGGGCGAAUUCCCAGAGGAACGCCAACAGGCGUUUCUCCGAGCGGUAGAUAAGAUCCUGACUCCAAGGAUGACUAAGAAGGGCAUGGGCUGGGAGUAUUGUGUGAUGGAAGGCUCUCGGAAGUUUUGGAAGAUCGACGGCAUUGUGCCUCCUCCCACUGGCUCAGAGAUGGAAAGAAUGUGGUUCAAGCACAACAAGCCAGUUCCAUCACCCGAGUCCAAGUUGUAA